AUGAACUACCUCAAGCCAGGAGAGCAAGGGUCUGCCUUGCCACUGCCUCUGGCAGACUGCAAGGACCUCCUCCAGACCGGUGUGCAGUCCAACGGCUGGUCCGUCCACGUCCCGUCCGAUGUUACUGGUGAACUUGGGAAGAUGGUUAUCCUGCCCUGUACUUUCACACACCCCUACAAAACAUUUGACAGGACCCUCACUGCCAUUUGGAGGAUCAAGGAACCUUACAACGGCACGAUAGUUUUCAAGUGCGUUAGUCAGGGCGCCAGCGAGCUCUGUAAGACUGCCAUCAGCUACAAAAACAAAUACAAACUGCUUGGCAACCCCCGGCACAAGGACCUUUCCAUCAGGAUCGACAAUCUGACCUGGAGUGACAGCGAGAGAUACUUUUGCCGGGUAGAGCUGUCCGGAGAUAUCCACGACAAGUAUGAAAGCAGGAUUUCCCUCCCUGUUGCGAUUUCUGCAGCUGCCCCCAGGAUCAUCAACAUCACCGUCAGCUCCAACGGGGACCGCACCUUCCAGGCACGCUGCACUGCCGAGGGGGAGCCAGCGCCCGCUCUGACCUGGACCGGACCGCCCUACAGCAACCUCACCUCCACCACCAGCAUGAACCAUCGUGUCACCAAGGAGCUCCGGUACCUGACCCAUGAUGGAAAAUACACCUGUACUGCUGUCAACAGCCACGGGAGAGCAGAGGGGGCUGUGUACUUCUAUAAAUUCAAAGUAUCCAACAGCUCCUUCUUCCUAAUCCUGAUCUUUGUCCCGCUGGGAAUUAAAGUGCUUGUUUUGCUGGUGAUACUGGGCUUCACCGUUUUCUCGAGAGGAGGCCACAACUGCAAGACUCCACCUAUGAGAACUUUGACCGCAGACACGGCAGCAGCCGGACUUUGCCAACAGAAAGAACAGCAUCAAGACGCAGCUGAGGACCUGGGCGGCCUCAUCCGCACCCGCGUGCACGGAGCACGGGUUCAGAUUUCUACCACUACCAUGCUCACCAAGAAGCCAAGAGACUGGUUUGUGGGCGAGCCGUACAGCAAAAGCAGCAGCUCGCGGUGA